AUGGCGGAUCGAGAGGUCCAACGACCGCCUUCGAUACGCUCCGUGGCAAGCAACUCUAGCAUUGCCAGUGGUGUCAGUCUCACGCGUCGGUCGAGGACGAGGACGCGCUCCAAGACUGUCACAGGAGCCUCGUCGCGUCAGGAGGAAAUUUCCACCAACCUUGCUUCCGAACUCCCUUACAUUGACAUGCCUUUCGUUCAAGAGCCAGAAGCAGUGCCGACGCUAGUUUCGAGAGGCUUGAUCCCACCUGACCGUCCACCUCGUUCUCCACAGAGAACUGAGGGGCAAGGACUUGGUACACCAAGUUCUCAGGGUACCGAACUUGUCACUGCGGCAGAAGCUACUUUUGUAGAUGUUCCACAGCCGUCCCCUGGGUCCAGCAAACUGUCCAAAGCUGCUCGACAAGCAUCGAGCCUUCCUGUCAUCGAAACCUCGUAUAAACCACCUCCGUCAGCUUUCUCUCGCGAUCCUGCCCUCACGCCUGUGGCCAAUGUACGGGACUCCGUCUCCACCCAGCAAUCGGGGACCUCAUCCUCCCUGUACCCACCGUCGACAUCGACAGCUUCAAUGCCAGAGUCACCACCGUCCCCUCGCUCGAUUGCAGAACAAGUUGAUCAACUGGAUGUCUCCCCAUUCAAUCCUGACGACAACGACAUGCAGGAUUAUGACGGCGACGAUGUAUCGUAUCGUCUUCGUCUCCUCGUGAAGAACAAUUACUUUCUUCCUCCUGCUCAUUCGAAACCUUUCCCUUCCGCGUUCGCCACCUCCAACUCAAACCCACCAAAAAAGACGACAAAACCUGUGACGCCCGCCUUCUUGGAUUUGUUCAGAGUGGGGAAAUCGAAAUCGAAACCAAACCCUCCUUCGACUCCAGGUUUCGAUCCGACAACUCCGAUGUUAAGAACAGCCGCGGAUUCCAUCACUGCAUCGUAUGCUUUACCCCCUCACCAGCCGCGUUCUUCAACUCAAGUGCCUCGUCUAUCUCCUCAUUCCGCCGGGCUUGGUUCAAGAGGUCGAGUGGUGGUGGUACGGGAGAAAAUGAACGACAUCUCCGUUGCUGCAAAGCAAGCGGAGCAGGAAUUAAAAAAUCGGGGCGUACGAUUAGAUCAUGGCUCUCAAAAGGCGAAACAAGAGGUAUUCGACAAUGUGAUUGAUCCUACUGACGCGGUGGACCUUCCGCUGCCUUCUUCGAAUUAUCCGUUUGCAGUCCAGGCAUCUGCACUACAUGGUUUAGGCGUGCAAGACUCUUUGGGUGCGGCGGUGCUUGCGGAUCGCCUGCCUCCGCCAACAAGCCUCAACAUAUCAUCAUCCUAUGAUACUGACGACGACUGGAGAAAGGCGUUACUUCAUGAAGCCGUUCAUCAUUCCUUAGACGCAACGCCCGACGUGUCAACUUUCUCUCAUAUUCUUGGUGCUUCCACACCGUUAGCGUCACCACGCUCAGAUUCGGCUACACCCUUAAGAGGAGCAUCGCCGCAUCUGCAACACUUAGAAUCAGCGCGACUUCUCGAGCGGCGGAUCAUUGAUAAACCAAUGAUGGACUCAAUCGAUGCUUCUCAUUCGAUUCAUGUUCGGAAUGAGUCGAUUCAAAGUGAGGCGUCUGCUCUGAAAGGAGAUGUAAAUGGACUGCUUGUACCGUCCUCGCAUGUCAUCCGCGAUGCUUUACGAUCCUCUUACUUACCAAUGCGCGCUGAGACUCCUUUAGGUCCCAUGACACCGCUCACGCCUCCCCCACGGCGAAAUUUCGUUAAUGCUCCAUUCUCUCUAUCGCAAGUGGAUCUCAUGAACGAUGUUUUAGCGUUAAGCGUAGUACGAUCUCCAAGCCAGGUUUCGCGUCGCACCCUUAGACGGACCAUGUCGUCGCCCAUACUCUCGGAGGGAUACGAGUCUGCAAGAGAGACUUUGAUGACCCCUCCUCCCAUGCCAACGCUUACCAUGUACUCUCGAUCAUCUUCACAAGCGUAUUCGUCGUGUGAUACUGUUAGGGAUCCAGCUGUUCCUCCAAGUGUAUCAACAUCAGAGUCUCACUACUCCGAUGAAGAAUUUGAAGAAGAGCCUCGUACCUCGAUCGCAUUGUCCGCAAUGAAUGGGCGGCCCUCGUUGUCAGAAUAUUCCCAAUCGUCUCCAACCACCUCAGCGUUUCAGGAUGCUCUUAACAAUGGCUUUCGCUCCCGCUCGUCCUCUGCGCUUGGUCAAUCUAGUUUCGGCAUUGAACAACACCGUAUUGCUCAAGGUAGUCCGGUGCCCCCACGAUAUUCCACGACAUCGCCUCCUCCGCGAAUGUCAUCCUCCCUUGCCCAUGUUGCCCUUCCACCUCCCCCUCGAUCGUCCUCUCUUCGCUACCUGGAACAUCAGCAGUCGUUUGGCUCCGUGUCAGACCUCGAACAAGAUACUAAUAGGUUGAGAAUGCACUUCGGUGUGUCUGAACUCACAGCCCCGCCCGUCCCUCUGUCAGGACAACAACGAGGCAAUCACAAUCAGCCCGUGCCGUUGUCGCUGGCAAUUCCGCCAAGAGCUAUUCCUCUUUCGAUUCACUCGGCACCUGGCCCAUCGUCACCUACAUCCUUCUUUGACAGCAUUCAAACUCAACCUAACGCUAUGGACGACCUAGAGUCGUCCUCGGAGAGCGAAGAUGAAGAAACGGAAGUUGUUGAUCCCCGGCCAGCCCUGUUUGUCGAUCCCAGGACUCGUACCAUCUCAAGCACCCCCGUCACAAAUCCGAGGCCAUCAAUCAUGAAGUUAGGAAAUCAUUCCACACCUUACAUCGGUCUUGGUCGGCCUGUCGAAGGCUUCCGUCAAAACCUCCUGCCUAUUGGUGGAAGCACCUCAAAGAAACCAAUUGGCAAUAUCCCUGUUCGCGCUCCUUUUUUCACAGACCGAAAAAGUGACCAAGGCCAUAGCCACACUCUCCCUGUAUCCACCUACGAUUUUUACAAGUAUACACAAAGCCAUCCGCCUGCCACUGCGGCUGCAGAGCCCAGCGACCCUCAAGGGUCAAAGACCACGGAGCUCGUUGCAACCUGGCGAAACAACCAGCGGGCGCAGGAGUCUCUUCGAAAACUAGACGGACUAUUGAUUCAACACAUGGAGGCUGAAAAGGACACGAUCAAGAGGAUAGCGACGACAAUGAAACAAACAAAUACCCGACAGGGGGGACCUCCUUUUCUACCAUAG